GUGAGUGAGACACACACGUAGCUCAAGUAAAGCAGUCAGUAGUUGGGACAUGUGAUACUCACUGCUUUACGGGAACUAUCCAAACAGUGACAUUUUGCCUUGUAUGGGAGCCCGGAAACACAACUGCUACCUGUGGAGAUGGGAAGCACAACCUCCUCAGAGUACCCCAACAUGACUGCAAUGAAUUCAUCCGCAAAUCCAGCGAGGACUGAUGAAGGUUUCAGUGCCCCAGUAAUGAUCCUGCUGGGCAUGUUCUUGUCCUUAUUAGUUUUGGCUAUUGUCUUUGGCAACAUCCUGGUCAUAACAGCAAUUGCACGCUUUCAGCGUCUUCAAAAUGUUACCAACUGUUUCAUCACAUCGCUUGCCUGUGCUGACCUGGUCAUGGGUCUGAUUGUGAUUCCUUUCGGUGCCUGUAAAAUUAUCUCUAAAACUUGGUACUUUGGUAAUUUCUGGUGUGACUUCUGGACCGCCACUGACGUGCUCUGUGUGACUGCAAGCAUUGAGACGCUGUGUGUUAUAGCCAUUGACCGUUAUUUGGCCAUUACUUCUCCCUUCCGCUACCAGUCAAUGUUGACCAAGUGCAAAGCCCGCAUUGUGGUGGUGCUGGUGUGGGUGAUUGCUGCACUGAUAUCUUACCUGCCCAUCCACAUGAAGUUGUCGACUGCAGAUACUGUUGAAGCUACAAACUGUACGAACCAAACUGACUGCUGCGAAUUCUACACCAACAAGGCCUACGCCAUCACUUCCUCUAUCAUCUCCUUCUACAUCCCUUUGGUCAUCAUGAUAUUUGUCUACAGUCGAGUUUUCCAGGAGGCGAGGCGCCAACUUAAAAAGAUUGACAAAAGUGUUGGACGUUUUCACAACAGUGACAUUAGCAACAUUAAAUCUUUGGACGCCAACAACGGGCGUGGCCUUAAAAAGGCAAAGUUUUGCCUUCGGGAACACAAAGCUCUGAAGACUCUGGGUAUCAUCAUGGGGACCUUCACUCUGUGCUGGCUGCCCUUCUUCGUGCUAAACGUGGUGGAGGCCUUAUGGAAGGUGAAUAGCCCGAUCACCUUUAUGGUACUUAACUGGAUAGGUUACGCAAACUCUGCUUUCAACCCACUCAUUUACUGCCGGAGCCCUGAAUUCUGGUAUGCUUUCAAGGAAAUCUUGUGCAUGAAGAGGAACCGCCUCAGCAACCCUGGACCUGUGAAUGGAUACAUCUACAGCAGGCACAGCUGGCAGAGUGAGCAGCAGGGGAGGAGUAAAGGCAACUCAGAAGACAGUGACCCCACUGAAGGGUUUCUGGGGAAAGGAGCACGGGACAGAGCAGCGGACCCUAACGGGAAUUGCAGCAAAGGCCUAACAACUGUAACGACUAUAACGACUGUCCUAUAAACUUGAAGCAUUGAGACUUCUGUCGACAAGGAAAUCCAGAUAUGUUUACAUUGCUAUUGUAAACUUUUUUCAAAUGACCGAUGAAGGUAAGGCCAGUCGAAAUGACUGGCAGAGUCUCUGGAGACUUUAAAGAAACUAUUAUAAUUUUGUUCAGCUGUGGAAAGUGUCACUUUUCCUCUUCAAACACAGUGACACAAUACUGUACGUAUCUCACGUUUCAUUUUGUUGCAUUAUUUUGACCUUACAUCUACCUCAUCAUAUCUUUUCAAUAUUUGCAUUUUACCUGACUAUCUUUCACAUUGUCCACAGGAGUUAAGCUAUGGCAGCAUCUCAGCUGUUUGUUUACUCUACUAAAUGGCCUGUAUAUUGUGUAAUUGCUAAUUAUCUGGCUUCAACUGAAUUUGUGUCCAUAUAGUUCAUCUCUGAGCUGAAGAAAGAUCCCACAAUUUUUAUUAGCCUAAAAUGUUGAAGGUUGUAAAUUUCAUCCGAACAUGCCAAUUUGGCACAAAGAGCAAGUAAUCAGAAAAUGAAUAAGGCGUACGGAAGGGUUAAACUUAAUACCUCUUUGAUGCGUUGUUUCUAGAAACACAUUCCAAAUCAACCUACAUUGUAAUCUGGCAUCCUUUACUUUGCUCUUUUUUUUUAUGAUUGCCCAAAUGUGAAAAAGGAUCAAAAGCAGGUGUGGCAAAACCUGUCUCCCUCACUAUGUCUCACUGCUCAGCUAUGUUAUGAGGCCCUGUUCCCUACUAUAGUGUUUUACACUCUCUUGCAUUUGAUUUUCUAUUGCAGGCAGAUAACACCAGAGAUAUAAAGGUUCACAGUAAUCAAUGUGUUACGAGUGAAACCUGAGAAAUGCCCGAGGCUGGUCAAAACUUGCAAGCAUGUAUACAUUGUCUAAGCCAGAUUUCAUUGUCAGUCCUAAAGAUAUCUUUCAGUGCAAAGUGGAUAGUAUUGCAGAUAAUGUGGUUAAUCCUGACAAUUGACCUUUAAAACUUGCGGCUGUUAUUGGCAUAAAUUGAAAAGUGAACGUUUUUACAGUUUGCCAUUGCACAGUCAGAACCAUUCUGUUAAGUGGCUGACUCAUGUGAUACAUGUGACUCGGUACAUUAUGGCCAUUACAUAAGUGUAAGAAAAACAAUUAAUCUUUCCUUUCCCUUCUAUGCAAUAGUUACAGUUGCCCCCUUUGUUGCACAAGGCCUGUUUGUUUAUUAAAAUCUGUGGUUGCUCUGUUUCAGCAUGUACAAGACAUUUCCUUAGUCAUGACACAAGGGUACAAACCACACAUAAUAAUAAACAGUGUGUCAAAAUAGCCCAACAAUAAAGUUCCACACCCAAAAUACGGCGGUGACUAUUCAGGCCAAUAACGAGAGAUGAGAAAAGAAAACUAAAGAGAAACAGCCCUGAGUAGUGCACUGCUCUCACAGUCUCACAGGUGCCUCUGUCGUUGUUGAAAAUCAGAAAACCUUUGGAUACGACACUCAGGAGUCCACAGAACAGUGCCUUGGCUGUUCAGGUCAGUUUGGGUCUGUCUUCUUUGAAAGGUUCUCUACUAAACAACGCAAGUUCUAAUGAACUCCAAAGGGACAAUUUAAGAUGAGAUCACAGACUCUUGGGAGCAGAUUUUUAGGACUUACACUAAAUGGUGUGUAAGAUCACUAGUCUUAAGAGAAGUAAUGGACAUGUGCCUACAGAAGGAACCCCUUUCCCCAGUUGGUUUGGCAGUCUUUAGUAUGUCCUGAUCAGCAUACUAAAUGUGGCAAGCAAAGGCAGAAGGGGGACCGGGGAUCCUCUACAAGUCUAAAUCGGUGUUGGUGACCUGUGUUAAAGUGCAUGUAACAUUGCCCCUGCAGGUCUGCUGAUGCCAUAAAAACUGUGAACUCUGUUCUCUCAGAGGAAUCUCGAUGUACUGUAUUGCUGUGUCUGAUCAGUGCUGCUGUUGCAGACCUUGAGGAUAGACGUAAAUAUGGUAUCCUCGUACGUCACCGUUUGCCAUGUGAAAAAACAAGCUUUUUAGUACGUUAAGCUCAUUCUCUGUUUUUCUUUUUAACAGAUUUACAGCAAAGUAAAUGCAAGGGUUGAGUGUCAUAAGAAAUGUUUGUCAGCAUUUUGCCAACCUUUCCGCUGUACAGCCUGCACAAAGCACAACACAAAGAUUUUAGACCAUUUCAUAUGUUGCAUUUAUUAAGUCGCCAAAAUUUGAGUCUCUGCUGGUUUUAAAGGUCCGCAGCUUAAACACAAGUAAUUUUAGAAACACUGCACGUGAUCUUUUGCAUGUCAGCUUCACAAUUGUGGUGAGGUGUUUGUGGUUUUCUGUGCCAUUUCCUUUAAAAGUGAUCAGUUUUAGCCCAAGUGCUGUAGAUUGUGAACUAUAUAUCGACAGUGCUCUCUCCUGGCAGUGGCCUCUCCUUGCACCUCAGCUGUCUCAGAGUUACUCAUGGUUACUGUUUCAUCAAUAAACCUGUAUAAUAAGGGAUGUAAUGCAUGGCUUCACCUCCUGCCUUGCUGGAGGACACCGCACCGUUAUGUGCAAUGACUCUUGAACAAGUAGCUGACAGUAUAACAUUCCAAGCACAGCUGAUUUUUUCCAAUCCCAUACCUUGCCUACGGAUGCAUGCAGUCCACAUUGAGUUCUCCCACCAAUGUCUCGCAGCAGAUUAUCCGUUUUAGUGUGGUUACACACAAAAAGAUAUAUGUUUUUAAAACAGAUUCAGGGUUACAGAGACGUCUUAGAGGGUAUAUUACAAAGUGGCAUGCACAUUUUACACAUAUUUUUUGAGGGCAAAUGAAUACAAUCAGUGUCUUGGACUGCCACAAAUAAUAUAAGUUUUGGUGGGUUAUGACCAAUGCUUUUCUAACCAGUCCACAGUUGUUUCUACUGAAUAAAAGUCACUUCUGCCCAUGAGACCAACCUAGUCACGAUUUCAAUUAAACUAUUCACCAGUCUAAAAGUAGAACUGUAUCAGGCUUUCAUUUACUUUCAGGAAAUAUUUGUAGAAAUUUUGAAUAACCAAAUACACAUUGGAGUUCAUGAACUAUAAACUAUUUUGCCUAUUCAGUUGUACCAUAAUAUUUUUGUGGAAGUAGUUCUUCCUGUCUACAGCUCAAAAUAAAGACUUAUGAGAAAGGAUCACUGCAGCAUCUCAGCAUAGAUGCUGUUCAGUGUGAACUACUCAGAGAAAUUGACGUGUUAAUGUGAAUUUUCUAUGAACAUUAAAUAUUGCUUAAGCCGUCAUAUAAAAAGUAUGUGAACUACUUUUUUUUUUUUUUUUCAUGGCCGGAGUGAAAAAGUUGUCACUCAGCUAAAUGUUUACUAAAUGUUUGCAAGCUAAUUUCGCACAAGUUUUUGUCACUGUUUGUUAAGGUAUCAGA